AUGCUCUCCAGACGGUUUGUGCACAUCAAGACGGUGCCCCGACUCUAUUGCAACCAUGUCGAUACUUUCAACUACUCGAAAAAUUUACCUACCCACGAAUUGUUGGUCCAGUUGAAUCUCAUCAACCAGCCUCGAGCAGGCUUGGUCAACUGGUCUCCCAUAGGACUCACGAUCAUGAACAAAAUCAGCGACAUCAUUCGUCGAAGAAUGGACGAAAUCAGCUUCGAGGAGGUGAAACUAUCACUCCUUUCCCACCAUUCACUGUGGAGAAAAACUGGCCGUUGGGACAAUAGCCUGGAAUUGUUCAAGUUGAAAGGAGAAGAGUACAUACUACUGCCCACGGCUGAAGAAGAUAUUGUCAACUACGUCUCGAACAACAGUUCCAGCUACAAAAACUUGCCGUUGUUGUACUACCAGAUCAAUCCCAAGUUCAGAAACGAAAAGAGACCUCGUGGAGGAUUAUUGCGAGGGAAGGAGUUUAUGAUGAAAGAUGCCUACUCCUUCGAUGCCUCAGAAAAAGAUGCCAUGACCACCUACCAAAGUGUUAUAGGGGCCUAUACAAAGAUAUUCGGGGACUUGAAGUUGCCCUAUACGAAAGCAGAGGCUGAUAGCGGCGAUAUCGGAGGCUCCUUGAGCCACGAAUGGCACUACAUAGACGAUACUGGGGAAGAUAUCAUCUAUACUUGCGAUGGUUGUGGCAGCGUUUCCAAUGUGGAAAAGACUUUAUCAUAUCCCGAACAGGAGGUCGACGAAUCGCAAUCCAUUGAAGUGGCAGUAAGAUACUUCACUACUGUUGACAGAUCUACUUUGGUGUGUGCUUAUUAUCCAUCAUCCAGAACAUUAGAACCCAAGUUCGUCAAGAACGAGAUUCCUGAUUUGGAUCUCGAUUUCGACGACCAAGAGACUAUUCUUAAGGAGUUCUCCAAUGAAGACACCUUGAUUUCGAAAAGUAUUGUCAGGAUCAUGGAUGCUAGACUUCAUUCUAGAGCAAACUUUCCUGACUUCCCUAUCUCCUUUAUCAACAGAUCUCUCAUAACUACCUUCACCGACAUUCCUAUCAUAUCUGCUAUAGAAGGGGAGCUUUGUGGAAAAUGCGAAGAGGGUCAUUUACAUUCAAACAAGGCAAUUGAAGUUGGACACACAUUCUAUUUGGGAGAUAAAUAUUCCAAGCCUCUAGACUGUAGCAUGGAUUUUCCUGUCAAUGAAAAGGGUCAAGUGGAAAGAAGAAACUUGAUUAUGGGAUGCUAUGGUAUUGGAGUCAGCAGAAUCAUAGCCUCGAUAGGUGAGAUCAAUAGGGAUGACAAAGGGUUGAAUUGGCCCCAAAGCAUAGCUCCGUGGACUAUGACCAUAAUCGAAGGUGCGAAGAGUGAGUCUGGUGAAAGCUACGAAUCAUUCUAUAACACUCUCAAUGAUAACUCAGUAGACUACAGACUCGACAAUCGUGCCAAGAUUGGUUUAGGGAAGAAGAUUAACCAGUCCAAUCUUCUUGGGAUUCCAUUGGCUGUCAUCUUGGGUAAGCAGUAUCCUAUUAUAGAGAUUGAAGUCAGAGGAAAGCGUUACGUUGAAGAAGACCAGUUGAGCUGGAAAAAACUUCAUGAUAGCACGGACUAUCUGUUUGAGUGGAGAGUAGAUUUUGAUGAGUCCGGUAAAGACGUGAAGCACUUUGUACAUCGAGAUGGGUUUAUUGCUGUUGUUCAGGCAUUACUAAAGGACAUGUAA